AUGCCACCUCUGCCCGCCAAGAAAAGCCCCGGGACCAGCGAUGCUGCUGCAUCGAACCUUGCCAAACAGCCACCGGCGGAGUCUCCGAGAGCCGUUUCUUCUCUCAAGCCGGACACGAGUGAUGGUGCGACCUUCGAGAGCUACCUCUCCUAUAAACCUUCUCAUGGCGAGGAUACCCUUGCAGUUUAUGAAGCUGUGAGCGAUCCAUCGAAAUGGCUGUUGAAGAACAAGGAAACUGGCCAGGAGGUCGAGGCCACAGCGUUCGCAGACACACUUUUGGCUCGUCGUCCAGCCCCCCAAUGGGCCACGGUCUCACCACGCCUGGGAUCCCACUCACACGGAAGCAGGGGCUGGCCAAGACUGCAGCGACACAAAGCCCCCGCAUUUCAGCGGCCAACUUUGCUUCCUCCAAGCAACGGCGACGUUGCUUACUUCCCGCUGGCCCCUGCGGGUCCGCUCACCCCGCCUUCUCUCCAAUUGGGGUUUUCGAGCUUGUCAGGUAGGGCGUCGCCCUUGCGGUUUGGGGCGAGAUCGCCGGUGUCAGGACAGUCCUUCUCGCGUCCGCGCUGUGGAAGCAACUCCCAUGGCCGAAGCAACAGCGACAGCACGACAAGCAGUGUUAUCCUCAGCGUCGACGCACCCCCCACUUUCAAGCUCCGCAACAUGAGCACAACCCAGUUGUUGCCGAGGCUCCACCCCGGAGGUGUGAGGGCGAUGUCGUUCAGCCCUUCCGGUGCAUUCCUCGCGACAUGCGGAAUGGACCGACGCUGCUGCGUUUUUCGGGUUCAAAAGCGUCGCCAAACACUGGCUCUCGGAGAAGGUUCUCCGAACGCCGCAGCGGUAGCCGUUGGCCUUCCGGUGGACCGAGGAAUGUCGAGGCAGCCGAGCUCCGUUUGCGUGGAGGGGCGCCUGGUAGACGACCAACCUCUGCGGGUUCUCACGGGGCAUGUUGAUUCUGUCGUGGCCUUGGCUUGGGCGGGGGGGGACAACGCGCUCUUGACAGGGUCAUCCGACGGGACUGUGCGCUGUUGGCACCCGUUGGAGGGGAACGAGUGCUCGGAAGUUUACGAGCACGGGGGGGGGGUGACUUCCGUGGCCUGGGAGCCCGGAGGUGAAGCGCACGGGGGCAGAUUUUUGACGGGGUGCAUGGACGCGAGAAUCCGACUGUUUUCCUUGGAUUCUCCGGAGGUGGAACAGUCGGUUCUGUCGGAGAGGGCUGUGACUGCCGUCGCUUUUUGUCCGGGGGGACAAAGCUUUGCCGCGGGCGGCAUAGCCGGCAACGUUGAGUUCUACCGCAUGGAAAACAUGUCGCUCGAGCUGACGGUCGAGUGCCGCCGGCAUGGCUUUCGGCAUUCGGCUGCACAGCGAACACGCCUCGCGACGAGCCCCGUUAGACGACUGUCCGUGGGCACCGGCGACGGGCGGUCAAAUGGUGCCGGCGGCGACCGCGUCCAGAUCAACGAUAACGGCAAUACCAACGGUGGCAGCGGUAGAGGACGCGGCAGAAGACGACGAAACACAUUGGGGUCGAGAGCCGGAGCUCGAGUUCCAGGCACUGUAGAGGAACGAGUUACGGGACUGUGCUUCCGCCCACCAACGAAAGGGCCGGCUGAGCUGGCGGGGGACUGCAGUGAUUCAGAUGGGGAAGAGCACCGACUGAGCGGCGCCUCACGCAGCACUGGGGGGAAGAUGGGUGAAAACUCGCAGGAGGUAGCCCCGAGUCCCCGCGCUGGAGGUGAGGUCGUGGCACCGCAGGCGGACGAGAAGGAUGCGAACGGCAGUGGCAAUCUGUGGGUGGAGCGUCUCGAGGCUGACCUCCUUGUGAGCACAAACGACAACCGCUCGCGCAUACUGGUGUCAGGGGAGAGGGGUGUGACUGUCGGGUUCAAGCUCAAAGGGCACAGCACCGAGGGGGAACUCGGGCGGCACACGGCGGCGCGAUACAGCGACGACGGAAACUUGAUCGUAAGCGGUGCCACAGAUGGAAGUGUUCACGUCUGGCCAACGCCGACCACCCCGCCAGGCACCAAAUCGGUGACUUGGUCAAGUGGGCGGGAGGGGCACGAGCGGGCGCGGGUGUGCGAUAAGAGGGUAGGUGUCCCGGUGGCCUUCUUUGCCCCCGCUAGCGUGGCGAAGAACCUCGGAGGGACAUCGAGCCGUGUGAUCGUGACCGGAGACAACGAGGGCAAUUGCAAAAUAUUCUGCGAACAGCGUGCAGAUGGAGAACCGUGAGGGUCGGGUUGGGUUUGGGCGUGCCCGUACCUCUCUUUUUCUGCGCAUCAUCCGCAGCUUUUGCUCCGGGUGUGUAUUCGUGGUAUUCGACGUCUGUACGUUUUGAAAUGUUUACAAUGGUUCGGAGGUGCUGUGUGCGCGUAAGCGACUUCAUAGGACAUAGAACGGCCGGAGGCCGAUGCACAUGAAAACGCUGCAUACACCGUGCGUAUUGUGUGGUUCGGUUUGGGUAUUCGUUUCGCGCAUGAAACUCUCUUUUCUAUAUAUGUUAACGUGUUUUCGGGUGUCUUUCCCUGUUGAAUACCCGCCGCCUAAAGUGUAUGUUCUGUUCUGUUUUUUAAACGUGAUAUGCCCACGUGCACGUUUUGUAUUCGUGUUGGUGGAUUUUACCCGUAUUCUCCGUGCUAGAAGAGCUGGACCUGUGGCAACAAACAACAUAGUUCAAAAUCCAACUCAGUGCUUUCAGGCGUGGUAGCGGUGGCCAUUUGGUUUUCUAUAAAUGUUGCUUCAGAAGUUGUCCUUCGUCAACGUGCCGGGAGGUGUCGAAUGGGCAGGCUCUACCGAACGGGAACUAGAGAUGGGCCCCGUUUGAAAAAUAACUGGUAAUACUCGGUUAUCUGGAUAUGAGCGACGGUUAUCAAAAAAAGAAUAGAGGAGGCAUUUCGAAAAGGAGGCGUUUUUCAAACGGUUAUAACCGGUUAUCCGGUCAACUGGCGCUGAAAACCCUGGUUAUUCGGCGGUUUUUUACUUGAGAAUAGCGUCUCCUAGCCGUUUUUCGCUCAUUGGUUGUUCCAUUCUGGUGCCCAUCUCUUCUUUGACCCUACGACAAUACAACGUGUGCGUGAAAUAUUGCGCCAUACACCGGUAGAAUUGAAAGAUGGUGUGUAUGCCAUAGCCACAAAACAGACCCAGUUUUGAGAGAUUGCGGAGGCGUUUCCUUAUAUGAUCCAGUUAACUGGUGUAACCGGUUAAUCGGGGCUGAAAAAAAACGGUUAUACCGGUUAUUGAAUUUUGAGAAUAACGCCUCCUAGUCGGUUAUCGGAUGUUUUUUCACGUCCGGUACCCAUCUCUAACGGGAACCCGUCUUGAUGCCGUGCCUCCCCCUUUCACCCGCUCAUGGAACAGGUUGGACAGUCCGUGCCAUCGUGUGUAGUUGCCGGUGUUCCCGCGUGCGAAGCAACAAGGUUAUUGCAACAGUUGUUGGCAGUUUCUGAAUACUACUCAUCAUACUUUACACCCGAGUCUAGGCUACCUCAAGAACUCCAUAGCAUACGGUGCUGCCCUUUGAAGCAAAGGUGCUAGUCUCCCCCUGAAUGUUUGGCAUCCGCCCCACUGCUGUCCUGGGCGUCUCUCCCGGACGUGGCUGACUGUACGUAAACCGCUCCGCUGGAGUCGGAUGAGGCAAACAUACAGCCGCUAUUGCUUAUGGCAACAGAGUAAAUCUCGAAGCCCCGGUGGUGGCUCGCCUUUUUGAAGACACGGUUGGGGAAUUGCGAACCUACUCUCCAAGAUCGAAGCUCCCCUUCCAUGGUUCCGGCGAAGACAUCCCCACUCCCGGUCCCGCCCCUGCCUCUACCCCACCCCCCAACGCCACCAUUCGGAGAGCUUUCCACAAGCACUGGGCGGGCACGAGACAGCCUUGGGUAGCCAAAGCGGUAUACGACCUCGUGAGAUUGGGUGUCGAAGAGAGUGACAGUGCGAUUUCGUGAUCCCACUAGAAUCCCUUUCCCAUCGGACGAAACCUGGACUGAACACGCGCUCGCAGCUGCACUAGUGCUGCACGCAACGCAGGCCUCUCCCGCGCAUAUCCGUGCCCCCGCUGUGCGAACUCGCCGCCUGCUCGCCUGCCAUGUCUUUAAGCCGCCAGGGAUCCAUGUCUUCCCGUUCCCUUCGUGCAGGCAACCGGAUGCUGGAAGAGAGGACACGGAAAGACGUGCAUGAGGCUCGUCCCGCGCAGGCAACAGCACCUUGCGGGUUGGCCCUGCGGGGCCCUGCUGCCCUCUGUCCUUCGACGAAGGAGAGGGACUAAAACCAGGGUUCGAGGCACCUUCAGUGCCUCCUCUUCUCCCGCUCCAGGGGCUGUUGCUGCAACUGCUGCUUGCGCUGCUGAUCCUACUGGUGGUGCUGCCGCCGCUUGAGCGAAGGGGAAAGUCGUUCUCCUUCCCGGAAGGCGUCUCAUAGCUGCACUGCUCGCGACUGCCUCUAGUGGAUGAGGCCACGGACUCCGCGUC